CCGCCUCGGCCUCCCAGAGUGCUAGGAUUACAGGCGUGAGCCACCUCGCCCGGCACUUUAUUGGUUUAUUCCUUUGAUUUGGUGGGGUAUAUCCUGUAGUGACUUCUUGAGAAAGGGUGUUCAGAAAAUGCAUUGUUUUAGACUUUGCAUACCUGGAUGGAUAGGUCUCAUGGACUAAUUCACUGUAGGGUGAUCAGACAGGUCAGCUGGAUUUUUCAUUGAGGACCCCUCAGCAUAUUACCCUAUAUAAAUCUUUUGUCUUGGGCAGUUUUAGUUUCUUCAGAGAAUAAUUUUCAGUUUCCUGCCAAGGGAAUGCAACCUGCAUGCAGAUGUUCUGGGGUUGAAGGAACUUGGUGAUCAAUAUACAGAUUUUCACUUACUAUCCCUGUCUUCAGCAUUGACAGAGAUACUUGUCCUCCUUUGUGACUUGCUGUUCCUGAGUCUGAAACACCCAUGGUUCACUUUCUCUGGAGAAUAAACCUGAGAUUUUUAGUGGGUAGUGAAGUGGUAGACUUUGGAGAAGUGUUAUGCCAGUAAAUAUUUAAUAACUAUUGUUCUGGGGGGAAAAAAGUGCCAAACAAAAUUGAUUUGUAGCAUGUUCUAUUCAUGUAGAGUAAAUGCUUUCACUAGCAUUGAUUUCAAGCUAACAAUGUGAGGUCACUGCGAAGUUGGGAAGAAAUGUUAACAAUUAGCUCUUGUAAGCCAGUACAAGCCAGCUGCAGCGCACCAGUUGAUUGAGACCCUAAACACUCCUUCGUUUUAGCAACUUCGCUUACCUGUACCUUCCAAAGUAUUUUAAUUUCCUAAACACUCCUAGGGACAAAUUGGCUGUAGUCUUUGUUUGACUCUUCUCUACUUUGAUUUGUUUCUUCCUUCUGUUUUCCACCUUCAAAUGUUAAAUUACAGUCACUUCUUUAUUUCACUGAAGUUGGAGUUUGUGUUUUUGUUUCUUGUCAUCUUUGUGGUUUUGGAAUUUUGACAGAAGGGAGCAAAAAAUGUCUUUCCUUUGCCAUCAUGAAACUAAACGUUCUGCUCAUUCUUCUAAAUAAAAACUAGAGUUGUACAAUGAUACCUCUUACUGUUAACAGUGUUUUGAAUAAUCUUGUCUAAAUUUUUAAAAUUGAGUUUAUGGUAUAAGAUCCUGAGAAGUAAUUUUUGACUUCGCUAUGUAGACCCAUUUAUUCAGUGCAGCUUUCUAAUAUACACAUAUCUGAUCAGGUUAUGCUUGGAAAUCACAGCAGUUUAUGGUGGGAUUUUAAACUUAAAAGAUGUGGAGGAAUGUGGGUUAGUGGGAGGAUCAUAGCAAGUUUUGAGUUGCCCGUGUUGUACCCUCACGGGUUCUUUAUCAGACAUUGUAGCCAAAGGCAUUAUUGAGCUCCGAGGUAGGUAUGUUUUUUAGGAGGUGAGUGAGGAUGGGGAUGGGAGCAUUUUGAUUAAAUUUUCAGAUUAGAAAUACAAAAUUAGAAAUACAGAAUGUCCCAAUAAAAUGUAUACACCUUUUACAUGUUAAUAGCACAAGCAACCUGUUGUUUGUUCUAUUUUGUCGUCAAUGUGUCCUUUGAGACAGGCUAACAGUGGUAAAGGCACAGGAUCCCUGGUGCUUUGGUCCCAGAGUGUUAAUCUGCUAAUUGCCAAUCAUGGGACCUUGAGCAAGUUUCUUCAUCUCUUGGUGCCUCAGUAUUCUCAUCUGUAAAAUUAAGACAGGACUGGGAACUCUAUUUUGAGGAUUAAAUGAGUUAAUAUAUUUAAAGCUCUUAUAGUGUGAAAGGCAUAAGAAGUGCUCACUAAGCAGUAGUUACUGUUUCUGUCGUUGGCACAAGUGAUAACCAAAUCGGCACUGGUUAACACCUGCCCAACACAGGUUAGAUAUUAAAAUUUUCAUGACUGUACAUUAAUAUCAUAUUAAAGUCAUACAUGUACUCACAUUUUAUUGGAAUAUGUUAUUAAGUGUGAUCCACAGCCAUUUUGAAGCUUUGUCACUCUUCUGAUAAUUUAACAAACAUAAAUUGAGUGUCGGCCCUGUACAAUUUUAAUGCUAAAUGCUGAGGUUAAAGAAUUUUCCAAAUGGAUGUGUUAUUUGGAAAAAAAAUAAAACUAGAGCAUUUCCUCAACCUUUACACCAAAAGGAACUCCAAAUAGAUCAAAGAUUUAAACCUAAUAAAAAAGAGAUAGACAUAGAAUUAUUGGUAGGAGAUAUGGGUGAAUAUUUUUAUAUAUUUGGAGAUGAGGCUUUUCUAUUUAUUGACAUGAAAAAUCAAACCCUAAAGUAAAAGAUUGAUAUAUUUGACUAAAUAAAAUUUUAACUUCUGACUGUUUUAACCACAACAAAUUCAAGAGUGAAAAACAAACUGGAAAAAAUGACAGACAAGAGUAAAUUUAAUUACCAAUCAAUUGGAAAGUGGUGAACAGCCUAAAAGAAAACAACACAAAAAGGCCAUUCACAGAAAAAGAAGUUACAAAUGACAAGAGAAGCAAAAGGCCUCACUGUAAUUUAAAGAGAUUUAAAAUAGUGAUAUGUUUCAUUUGUUGGAAAUGGGAGUGCUAGUGGAAGGUGGGAAGAUAUAUAAACAGAUAACUGCCAUUUCCCGAGUUUCUGAGCGAAGGGAAAAUAUCCUUUGGGUGUAGAAUUUUCCUGGCCUCUGACCUGAGUACCUAACCUCCUCCUUAUCUCUGCUUUCAAGAUACUCUGUUGAGUACAACUCUCCUGCAGAUUUGUUUCUUUGGAAAAAUUCCUUGGCAGGUACCUGUGAUUUAAUGAGGCCUUCCAGCUGUGCAUUAGGCAGGUAGCAAUUACUUCCCAUUCCCAAGAGCCAAGCAUAUUCAACCUUUAAGAAGCCUCUCUUCUGAAAGAACCAGAGUUGGCUGGUGUGUGGCCAGCUGGCUGGGUUUUGAUAUUGCUUUACUGAGACCUUCGACUGUAGAUCCUUGUGCACAUUUUCCUCAGGGGCUCUGACUCUAGAGGAAAACAAAAUAAAACAAAAUGAAUUCUAAGGGCUUCUGGAAGAAAAGAGGACUGGAUUGGUUUGUUCAUGGGUUCAUUUAUUCAAUAAAUACUUCUUGAGUACUUACUGGGUAUCAGAUACCAUUCUAAUCAUUGGGCAUAUGGGGUGAACUUAAGUUUUCAUGGAGCUUAUCUUUUAGGGGAGGGAGGACAAAUAAUUUUAAAAGCAAAUAGAUUUGUUAAAGGAUACAAAAUUAGCUAGACAGGAGGAAUAAGUUCUAGUGUUUUAUAGUACCAUAGGAUGACUACAGUUAACAGUUAUAUAAAUAUAAUAGGGAGAAUUAUAAGAUAGGAAUGUGGCUUAUAUGUGGAUACUAACCUUUUGACUUCACUAUAACAGUUGCUUAAUAUUCUCCUAUAAUGAAGUUGUUUCCAGUAAUAAAACUGUAUUGCAAAACCUUCUUAGGUUAUCUGAGGCUAAAGUUAGACACGUAGAAUAGCAAGAAAAUAAUUCACGCCUGAGGGCUGCUCUAGACUGGAGAAGCAUGGUUGCGAAAUCAUUGUAAUGUAUUCCCUCCUGUAAAGUUGCUACUUUCAGCUUCAUUGUGUUCCAGCUAAGAGUCUGGAGGUGGGCUUGGUGGACUGAGAAGGUCAGGGAUACAAUAGGUCACAUGAGUUGAACGGCUAUAAAAUUUAUGAUCCGUGGUUAAGUUUGGUGAAGGUAUAGUUACAAAAUGAACAAACUUAUGUGAUUUUAUACCACACUGAUCUUUGAAAUAAAAAUUGUGUAUAAAUACCUAUAAUGGUCUGCUAUUUUUUGCCUAUCCAUCCCUUCCUUUCUUCUGGAGACAGUGCUCCCUUUCCUCUGGGAGCCGCUGGAGCUUCUGGUGGGCACUGCCUUGUUCUUGGCGGGACACCGCCCCUUUCCUACUCCCAUCUGCUGUCUCACCGGGCCACAGCAGACUGGUCAGGAGUGGGUACCUGACUCGAUCUGGUGCUUCCCCUGAAAUUGUCAAGUAUACUGGGGAAAGAGGCAAUUCCUUUUGGCUGUGGAAUUUAUGAGAUAUGAAACCCAGGAGCUUCUGACAGCCAGGUUCUGCCCAGAGGAUGAAGCCAGGCUGCAGUGGCAAGGUCAGACCAUGGAGAGAGGCACACUGCCUGUAGUUUGAGUGUUUGAUCCCUUAGUAACAUAGGAUCCUUUGGCGUUCUUCCCAUAUGUUUUCUUUUUGCUUAAACUAAUCUGAGCUGGGUUUCUGUCACUUAACUACAGCAACAAAAUCCUGAUGGACACAUAGGCACUGUGUGUAGAAAAGAUGUUUUAUUAAAAGCUAGAAGCCUGUUGGCAUCAAAGUAUAAUAAGUCUGAGGUUAAUAACACUGAACUGGUUGGCUGUGGGACAUGAACAUGUGUUGGCAGAAAUCUCAUUCAUUGAGUGAUUGUCUUCUGAUGAAUAUUUAAUGGUUUACAAGGCCAAUCAAGAAACCUAAUCAGUCUUUUUUGAUUAGUCAGGACAGUUGUCUGAACUCAUUGCAAUGAGUAUUCAUGAUUAAUUUACGAGGACUGGCAGGACCCCCUUACUGUGUCCCCACCUGAGCAAACAGGUCCUUUCUCAAACCUGAGUCAGGACAGUCUCAGAGUAGACACUUGAGACAAUUUAUUGGCCACGUAAUCCAGUGGUGAACAUUUUCUUUAUAAUCCUUUUGUCUCUCAAUAACCUCUCUUCCUCUCUGUGGGAUUCCCUGGGUGUCCCAGAAAGUGCUCUUUCAGGAAAUCAAGGGACACACUCUAGGCUUUUUACUUUAUUUAUGUCCUGUCUUAAACCUUCCCAGCCCUGGGUCUGUACUCUGCUGGUGAUCAGCUGAAGCAUUUGAUAAACUCCUCUGUGUUGAAGUGAAAUUCACGAAUAAUGGUUUAUUUUGUUGGCCUUUUCAGUUAGUACUUACCUUUUAAUUCACUGGAGUGAGUUAGCUGUAGAUUUAAGGUGCAUAGUAAGAAGAGGAGGGAAAUGUUUUUUAUGAAGGCAGCACCCAAAUACCAGCAGUAGAAGCCAUUAUAUUUGUUGAUGUUGAAAUUAUUUUCUUAGUGGGGAGCCUCUUGGAGAAUAACCAUACCUGGUAAAUAAUAUGUAAUUAUUUAACAGUGAAAAUAGUAUUUUAUGUCAUAUCUAUAUUCUGGUGUGAAUCCUACGUCAUUCAUUGCUCUGUGUGGAUGAAUCAUGCCUUCACGUGGUAUAACAGGCAGCAUUUGUGGAGAGCUGCCCUGUGCCAGAUACAGCUGGUGCUUUCACACUUUAUUUCAUUGAAUUCAGUCUUCAGAACAAUGUUGUGAAGUAGGUUUUGUUAUCCUCCGUUUUCAGUGGGGAAAACCAAGCACAGAGAAGUUAAGCAGCUUGGUUAAGGUCAUAUGGCUAAUGGAGGGACAUAAAUCAGGUUCACUGCCUCUGAAACUUCUUUUAUCUGCUACAUAAUCUUCUAAAUUUGGUUUUCCAUACCAUUCUGAUAAACCCAGAAGACACUCACUGUACUGCUUCCUUUGAAUUGAACUGAUUACCUGCCUUUAGGUAAGGAGUGGGCAGUGGUUGUCAUGGUAAUCCCAAGGGAGCAUAAACCUCUGGCAGCUCACCAUGGACCAUGACUUAACCCAACUGUGGAAGAGUCUUAAUAUCAACCAAGAAUCACUAAAUAAUGAUACAUAGACUGAAUGCAGGUUGCUUGUCAGUCAUUUUGAUCAGAGGGUAAUUCCUUGGGGUAACUGGGAAUUAUUAUGUGUUACCUUAAGGUGGUUGAGUUACUGACUGAGAACCUAUGAGUCUCUUAGUAAUUUCUUAUGAUUCUGAUUCCUAGAGGCAUAUCAGAGAUAGUUCAGACCUGAAAGUUCUAAGUGGACCAGAAUCAUGCUCUUGCUUAUGUACUAAUAUAUCAGUAAUGGUAAUCAUCUACUCAAUUUUAGAGGCAUUUGGAUUGAUUAAUAUACUAAUAUUCUACUAAAUUAAAUUAUAUUUAUAAGGAUCAAAAUCUUUUUAUAUGUUUUUUUUAUCUUUUGUUAAGUGUUUUAAAAAAUGUUUUGUGUAUUCUAGAGUGUUAGGAAAAAUAUUGCCCUAUUUUUGAUAGUUUUCUAAGUAAAUACUGAUGCCAUAGUAGAAUAAAUCUGCAGGAAUUUAUAUUGCUCCACAAUGUGGAUACAAUACACAUCUACAUGUGUACUGAAGUAAUUUUUUCCCUGUGUGUAUGUGGCUGUUUUCUUAUUUUUCUGCCUUCACGGUAACCCAGUAUGUAAUACUGGGGCUGACAUCCUAUCGUUUGGAUACAUGGAUUUUUAGAACUGAAGGCUUAUGAAAGACAGUAUGGAGGGCAAUGCAAAGAACCUUAAACUGGCAGUGAAAAGACUUACAUUUCUCCAUACCAGCUGCAGGUCCUUGACCCUCAUUUUUCUUGGCCUUAGAAUGAGGUGACUGAGAGUGAAAUGAUCUGCAGGUUCCUUUCAACUUUAAAAGCUGGAAUUUUCUAGUGCCAGAUAAUUGGAUAUUUGCUUUUUGGUGUUUGAUCACAAAACAUUUUGGCAAUAGAAGAAAACUGACCAUACAUUAUGUUGUUCAUUGUCUUGGGAUAGAAAUUAAAGACAGGAAGACCUGCAGAGAGGCUCAGCUGAGUUUCUCAGAUGGCUUGCCUCCUGUUUCCUUCAAAAUGAUGAGGAGAGAUUUUAAUCUCUAUCGUGUUUCAGCUUCUGUGGUUUCUUUCAUGAGCAAGCAUUAUAACGGGUGUCAAGAACUCUAACCUUUGGUAGGGAGAGGCAAAGAUAUAAAAUGCAACCAAAAUGUUCAUACUUUCAUAUUAUCUUGAAAUAAAAUAAAAAUGAAAAAAAGAGAACUAUAUGGUAAUUUAUAAUAAGAUGGUAUGAAAUGUGUGUGCAUUUGAGAAUAGGUUUAGAGGUGCUUGUUUGCUGAGGUAUGACUAUAUUCAGAAAAGAGGAGCUUUGUAAGCAAUAGUAGCUACAGACUUCUAUAAAUUUUAUAUUAUAGAAGCAGGGAUUGUUUUUGGCAUUCUGGGAUGUGCACUAUUUCUAACCAUCUUUGUUCUUCCUCUACAUGUCAGUUAGGGAAGAACCUCUGACAGAACCCAGGAACUAACAAUCAGUGACAGUGGUGAUUUAUUUUAAUUUAGAAGCUAUAAGUAUUAAAAGAACUUUUCUUUUUGAUCGGAAACAUUUGAAGAGUUUUAAGAAUUUGAAGAUUGGAAUGUGGAGAAUUACCAUGUCAGAAUUAGAAACAUUUUCUAAUUCCAGUAGGCAUGAUAUGUAUUCAUUUUCUGAGCAGUGUAUAUACUAAUUAGUACUAGAACAUGCCAAUUUUAGGAAGAGGUGUUACUUACAUUAAUCUUUUCUUUCCCAUUCCUAUACCUGUUACUUAGUUUAGGCAUUUAUUACCACUAUGCUGGAUGAUUGUAGGAGUCCGCUAGCUUUUCUCCUAGCUCUCACUGUUUUCUAAAUAAGGCUUUGCAGACACUAAUCAAAUAGAUCAAACUCAGAUAUGAUCGGGUCAAAGCCUCCAGUGGCUUCCUACUGCCUAGCAAAUAAAACCCAAAUGCUUUAGCUUUGCAGUGAAGGUCCUUGACAGUCUGAUGGGAUUUUUGCCUUGUCUUAGGAAGUCUCUAGCUAGAACCCUAUGUCUUGGUCAAUUUGAAUGCUCGCUUUACUUGAUUAUCCUCUGUUCUUCCCUUCAUAGGCAUUUGCUUGUGCCACUUCUUUAUAUAUUGCUCUCCUUCCAUCUUAUAAUAAAGGCAAGCCCAACUGUUCAGGGCUUUUUAAAAGCUUUUAACUUCAUUCAUUCUUUGCAAUUCACUUCUGUUAAGAGUUAUCUUUCCUUCCUUUAACUCUGCUAGAAUACUGAAACUUACUUAAAGCAUUAUGAUUGUUCCCUUGUGUUAUUAUUAUUUCUUGUGUAUAUAUGUUUUUUAUGUUAUAUCCUUUUACUAGAUUAUAACUUUUGGAGGCAGGAGCUAUGUCUUUUUGUUUUGUUUUUUCCUUUGAACAGUAGGUUCAAAGGAUUGACCUCUAUAACUGCCAGCUGAGUAGCUCAGUGGAUGAAGGGUUUUGCUGAAAUACCCUCUCUUUCAGCUUCUUUAUUCUUACUUCUUUCUUUGAUCUAGAAACACUGAGCUAAGGUAAAGUUGGUGGGUUUUGUGUGGUAUUGGGCACAUGUGCAUGUGUUAGUCUGCCUUUAGGCUGUUAAGUUUUAACUGCUGGUAUUCUAGUCUUGGGUGUAGUUCUCAGGUUGCUGAUUCUCUCGGAUAUUCUCAGACCAUCUCCUCUAUAAGAAACAGCCACCCCAUGCUUGGCCCUUGUGCAGCCUCUGUUCAACUAGGACAGUCCCUCCUGGAGAGCCCCUUAUCCUGCUUCAAGCUCUAAAUCUAAGAAUGCUACUUUUUAUGCCAAAAAUCUUAUUUUGCCUGUAUACUUGUUUUCUUGGGCAUAUUCCCUCUGUCCCAAGUCCAAUUCUAUGAUAAUUGUUGGUUUCCAUUAUUUUUAUUUUUCACCUUCAAUUAUUUAAUUUUAUCACAUAGGCUGCACAAAAUAUUUCUUAUGCUUAAGUUGUCCAGUUAAUGCAGUUCAGUUGUCCUGUUAAUGCAGAUCUACUACAUUAAAAGACUAAUUUUCUAAUUUCAAUCUUUUAAAAUUCAAAUGCAAAUGGAUCCCAAGUUUAUAUCCAGUUCUAGAAUGAUCAAAAAGACCAUCAUAUUUCUGACCUCUCUCAAUUUUCUCUCAUGUGGCUUCCCUUGUCUGUAGCUUCUAUAUUUGUUCAGUUUCAGUUUAUUGGCUGAUAACAACUCUGGUUAAGAGUUUGUUAGGAUAAAAGGUUGAAAAAUGAGCAAAUUAGAAUUUUUUUGGUGGUUGGGGAGAUUUAAAUAUUCCAUGUAUCCAUAUUAUUUCUAGCCUCCUUUUUAUAGCCAGUUACCAAGUUACAAAGAAUUUGUGUAACAUAAAUCACACAGUAUCUAACCAUAGUGCUCUUUGCUGUAGAAUGUGUUUCAGAAUCUUAAAGUGCCAUUGUGAUUGUCACUAUAAAUGUCAGCACAAUCCUGAAAAUAUGCCAGAACACCUGUGACAGAAGGGUUUAGUAAUAAUAGUUACUGUUUAUUAAAUGCUAAUUAUGUGUGUUUACGCCCUGACCUCAUUCAAUCCUCACAUCACAGAGAUGCUGUAAGGUGUGAAGUGUACUCUAUUCUCAAGCACAGGAGCUAUUUAACUUUCCCAAGGUCACUCACAAAGCUGGUAAGUGGUGGAGUUGGGCCUUAAAUCCAGGCAAAUUGACUGGAGAGUCUAUGCUCUUAACCAAUCAUCUCUAUUGUCUCUUAAUUACUACAGAAUUUUCAAACUUUGGUGUGCAUUAAAAUCAUUUGAGGGAGCUUCCAAGAUACCGAUUUCUGAGCCCUAAUCCUAGAAAGCUGCAUUCAAUUGAUCUGGAUUAGGCCUAGGAAUCUGCAUACAAAUAAGCUUCUACACAUUCUGCAGUCCUGCCACUACAUUCUGAGAAUUAUCAUGUUGUAUGUGCUGUCUCAGGUUUUUAUCAUUAUAUACAUGCACAUAGACAUAUUCAUAAUAUCAUCUCUCACUCUACCUGGAUUACUGUUCCACUACAAUAUCCUAUUCCUAUAGUACUAGAGUACUAUAGAAUGUACUGUAGACAAAGAAUUAGAAUAAUUCUUUUUUAUUUUUGCCCCAGACUAGCUAUAUGACUUAGGCCAAAUCACUAGUCAGGGUGUGUGUGUGUGUGUGUGUGUGUGUGUGUGUGUGUGUGUGUAUACAAAAGGAGAUUCAUUAUAAGGAACUGGCUCAUGUGAUAUGGAUAUUGGUGGGUUCAAAAUCUGCAGUGUGGCUGGCAGGCAGGAGACCUAGGAGAGCUGAUGGUACAGAUGAUGUCUGAAAUCGAUCUUCUUGAGAAUUCCCUUUUGCUUGGGGAGGCUGGUCCUUUUGUUCUAUUUAGGUCUUCCACUGAUUGGCUAAGACCCACCCAUAUUAUAGAGGGCAAUCUGCUUUACUCAAAGUUCACUGAUUUAACUGUUAUUAUAACCCAAAAAUACCCUACAAGUUGACACAUAAAAUUACCUAUCACAUUAUUCAACUCCUCUGGGUCCCUGAAGUGAAAUCCCUAAUCACCAGGGAUUAGGCCAGCUGAUCAUAACUUUAUAACAGAGACACCAAAUGGUAUACCCUGAAAACUGAUGGCUUUAGUUUGGCUUACCUAGAGUUGUCCCACCCAGUAUUUUUUUAAAUUUGCAUUACUGGUAUUUGCUAGUAAGUUCUACAUUAAAAUCUUUAUUUCUGGUUUCUUAAAAAACAAAACAAAACAACUGGUGAUCUGGCAACAUUGCAUGGUCACAGUGUAGCUGAGUCACAGAUGUCACCCGUAGGAGGGCUUUGCAACCUCCCAGUUCCCCACCGCCCUUCCUGCCUCAUUCACUGGGUCCACUGCAUUUAAUUUCUAUGAGCUUCAGAGUCCCUGUAGGUGUUGGAGUUUUUGACCCUUGUCUUGCUAGCUACUAAACAUCUGUGGCGGGUCCACCUUCCUGAUUAAAACUGACAAGGGGAGAACUAGGACUUCUGAAACACAAUGAAUGUCUGGGCUUAGACUGGAAAACAGAGCUAUCUCUUCUUUGUGUGUGUGCAGUUUAUCACCUUCCCCAGAGCUGCCUUCUCGGGGCUCCUCAGAUAACUACCUUCUUUUGAAUUUAUAAAAAGGAUGCUUUUGUAUUCCUGCAUACUAUUUUUUUUGGUAGGAGGUGAUGGAAAUUGUGAACUGGGUUCUUUAGAGUCACUGAAUGGGUUGACCAGGUGAAAAGACAGAGGAACAUUGAUGUAAGAAUAGAACCUGCUAAUUUUGCAUAGUGCUGAAUUCCUUCAUGAAGCUGUUUCAGAUGCUACAGUUACCUUUCCUGUUGCAAGGCUGGCUUCGUAGGAAAACAGAAUGGGCAGUUUAAUAGUACGAUUUUAAUUUAUGUAGCCUCAUUACUUCCUCAGUUGUUCCCUGAAUGCUGAAAUUAAUUCAACCAGGACAAAGACUUUUAUUUCAUGAUAGGAAAGGGAGUUCAUAUAGCAAAGAUUGAGAAUAGCAAUACAAGGUAUAAAUUGACACAGGAAAAAAGUGGUGAUAUUAGAGUCAUACUGCAAAUACAUUUUGAUGGGGAGACUGGUGGAAAAGAUGAAACCCAGGGGUCUUGUAUGUCUGAAAAUGGUAGAAUGGAAAAGGGUACGGUAAUAGAGAGGCUUAGAGGACCAAGACUUGCUUUACAAACUGCUGCAGAAUGGCUGGUAUAGCAACAUCCUUUCUUUUCAUGUUAACAUGUCUAUGGCCACUUUUUUUUUUGACAAAAUGUAUAUAAAUUGCCUUUAGGGCCUUGAAAAUUAAUUCCAUCGGGUGUAUGGUUUGCAAACAUGCUCUGCUUUUCUGUGUUUAAAAAAUGUAUUUCAGAUGUAUAGCAUUAUUAUGAUUUCUCUAGAAGUAAUUCAGGAAUGUUGAAUCACUGUCAGUUUCUUGGCAAACAAUAUUUGAUUAUAAAUUUAUGCUCCAUAGGACACACAAUUUUAGAAGUAUUCUGGAAUGUUUCCAAAUUUUAUUUUGGAACCCAGCAUUUGGUUGCUCUUUAAUAAUCUCAAUCAAUAAUGGUUUAUAAUAGUCAUAAAUGUGUUAGCUUUAAAUAUCUGCUGUAUUAUAUUUCAGCAAGAAUGUUUUUGCUGUUCCUUUUCCCAGAGUGUAUAUUUGAAUGUUGAUUUUUUUGUGUGUAAAGUUUGUUUUAUUGAUACUUGGAUUCCUGCAGAUAAAUUGUAUGAAGAGUAUCCAGAGAGGGGUAGGAGGAGAGGGGAGGGAGAAGAGAAAGAAUAGGUUUUAAUGUCUAAUGUUAGAUUUCCUGCCUGGGAGGCAUAGGCUUGCCUCUAGAUUUUUCAUUCUUAGAACAUUUCCUAUUACUUUCUCUUAAUCUAUUAAUUUUGAACAUAUGAGGGUCAUCAUUAUCUCUAGCCAGUUGCUUAUUUUCAUCUAGAAUAGAUUUGUAGCUUUCUUAUUUUUAAAUCUCCUUAAUACUUUAUUUAUAUAUGCCCUUUAAAUCACAGGAAGAGAAAUAUUAUACUUAGUAAAGUUUUGUGCUUCCUAUGCUGUCUUUUGGAGUAAUUUUAGUAAAUGAUUGACUAUAACUUUUGAAAGAUUGCUUAUUAUGUCAUUCUGUAAGUAACUAUAGUCUUAUUUGACUCAGAGACAAAAUAAGCUUAGGUUCCAAGGCUGUGACAGUUAACAUCUUUUUCCUGCACCAGAUACUAGACUCUACUUGGAGGUAGUUUUGGAAAUGAAACUAUAGACCUCAGGGGUUAUUUUUGAUCUACAAGGCUAGGCUGAUAAUGGUGCUUUCUUUUGGAACAAAAGCUGAGAUAAUUCCUGCUUCUUCAUUUCAGGCAAAGGGUGGAAAGUAACAAGAAAUGUGCUUUAGGAAAUAAAUAAAUAGACUUGGAAAAAGGCUGUAUCUAUUUGAAGUAGUUAGUCUAUUAUAAUUAGAAACAUGAAUAAUUUGUAUUUGAAUAAUAGAAGUGAUCCAACUAUCCUUGGAACCUAUCUGGCAUAGUAUAUAGUACAUUUUUUUUAAAUGAGAGAAAAAUCUAUUGUAAAAUGACUCUAUGUCCUCAAAAUAGCUUGCAAAUUUUGUUCAUAACCCUUUUAUCUUCAUUCUUAUCCUCCCUUUUCCUUUAAAUAUAUGUAAAUGCAAAGGGAAAGGUGGUAUAUGUAUUAACAGGUCAUUGAGGGUGUCAGUGGAGAUACCACCUGGCAUACCCAUGAGCUGGGAUCACCACAGUUUGGGACAUUUAAAGUGGAGUAAAAUACAAGUGGCUCAUGUGUGUGUGUCCACUUGAUUACAGGUCGCUUAUCCAUGGUGAUUUGAGAAUCUCUAGUUAGUUUUUUCCUUCAACUCAGAGUUCUUCUCAACUACCCAUCAUGUGUGCUGACUAAUGCCAACUAACUUCUUAUACCAGCCUAGGCCCUAGAGGUGGAGUAAGGUCAGAGUGUGGGGCAGAACCAGAUGUGGAAGCAGAGGUUGCUGCUCCAGCUUAGAGACCAGAGGGGCAGGUUGUUGAGCAGGUGCUGACAUUGUGGAACCACAGGUAGGAGUCGUCCCUGCUUUUUAUCUGUGUGGGACAAUCGCCAUGUUUUGUUCUUAUGUUGUCCUAAUAACGAAGUGACUUGGUAUCAUUAGAUAUAUAGAGGCAACUGGAAAAUAUUCUAAACAGACGAUUUAGAACUGAUAUAAAUAGUCUACUCAAAGGUGGGAGCACAGCUUUCCACUUUCCAUUUGCUUAUUACUUUGAGGGUUUCUUCAGUGACUCUCCGGUGACUUGUAUGUGUAUUCAUCAUCUACUUGACAGUUAACAAGUUGGUCAGAAAAGUUUCAUCUGCCUCAUGGUCCUAAAUAAAAAGGUAAUAAACCCAGAGGAAAGAUUACAUCUUCUCCCUUGGUUUGUUUUUAAUAUUAAUAAAAUGUCAGUGCUCUUUAAAUGUAGAAUUCUAUAAUGCAUAUGUAUUAUACUUAUUAUACUUUGAAUUAUUUUGUUCAAAAGAGAGAAGCAUGGAGAGAAAUCAUAUGCUUCCUCAUAUAACUCAAAGGUCUAAUCUAUCAAAGCUAGAAAAGUUAUAGUCAUCUUGGGUGACUUUUGGUUUUUCCCUUAUUCUUGUAAGGCCUCUUCUCUUUCACACACUGAUAUUCUCUAACAGCUUCCCCCUUGUGACGUGUGUUUGGCUGAGUAGCUUCUUGUGAACAUAGCCAUUAUUGAGUUUAAAUGUCUUUUGCUUAUUAUUCCAGUGACAUUCUAUUACCUCAAGAUAACUUACAAGUCUAAUUUACUUAAGUGGAUAUUGCUUUUGUACAUUAUGUUAUGCUUUAAAUUUCAAGGUUCUGAAAUUAUUUUCUGCCUUUUAGAGGUCCAAAAAUCAAGCUAUUUUUUUGUUAUUUUCUUUAAUCUUCACAAGUAAAUUAGAUUAAUUCAGAUAGACUCUGGCCUUGGGAGAGCUAAGCUCAAGUGGUCACAUAAAACCCAGAAGCUGUGGAGGCCCUAAAAGGCCAAUUCAGAAUUCUCAGAAAGCUGAAUGCACCACACAGAAUGAUCAGAAACUCUCCUACAAAAUGAUAAUAACAAGAAUAGCUGUCAUUUUGUGGGUACUUUGUAACUUUCAGACUCUUUAGAUACAUUAUCCCAAGGCAAUCAACUGGGAGGAUAGAAAUACAGUUCAAAAUCCUUUUCUUUGCAUUGAAGGGCUUUCAACACCAUGGUGCUUUGCUUUCCAGUUUUAGUUUCCAUUCCUCUAUUAUCACAAUUAUUUUAUCUAAUCAGAAUGGUCUGUUUCUCAACAAAGCUGUCUCUCAAUAGCAACACAGGAUGCUGCUUAGGAAAUUGAAAUUGUUCUUCUGGAUACUAUGUCUGGUUUUUCACUGCACUUCUUGUUCCACUGGAGGUUUUCGGAACACAGUGCAGGAGUUAGUCACCGUGGAUUACUUCCACUACCCCUUUUCUGAGAUCUUAGAAUGGUCUGGAUCAUCCAAUAAGUGGUUCAGAAAUGGCUGUCUUAUAAAUUCAGAGUGAGUAGUCUAAAAGGACAAUUUACACAGAAUUAUCCUCAAAGUGUGUGAGUGAGUCUAGUACAUAUUGUACUGUACAUUUUUAAUAGGGUGUGUGCAGUGGCAAUUUGUUCUCUGUAAUAGAGAUGAUAUAUCUGGUUUCUCAAGGAUAGCCUCUGAGUUAAUCAGAGGCUCCAGACACGUAAGACAGUUCCAGGCGAGUGCUAUUUAUGGAUGCUUCUCCAUUGGUGCCAGAAGUGACUUUGCUCUCCCCACAACUCCUUCAGCCUUUCAUCACCUCCACCCUAUAACCUGUGUCCUAGCUGUAGCUAGCUACCUCUUCAUCGCCCUUCUUGCUUUUCACAUUGCUUGGCUUACAGUGUUUACUUAAUACAUAUGGUAAUCAUUGGUGUUGCAUAGCAAAUAUUUCCAGCUCUCAGCUUUCUGGGCAGAAAGCUGAUUGUAUUUUGCACCACCUUUGGGUAAAGGACUCGCUUUGACCAAUGAAAUGAGAACAGAAGUGAUGCAUGUGAUUUUCAGGUGGAUUCAUUUAAUAGCCAGUGCUUAACUCCUCCUUUUCCUUCCUGUUAAUUGUGAUGGUGUGUUGAAAUGAAGCCUGAGCUCCUGAAUGACUGCAAUGACCAGAGUUUCCUGUUGACCCACCAACUACAUGCAGUUUAAGUGAGACGUAUUAAUAUAUUUUUGAUGCUUUAAGCCACUGGGAUUCUGAGAUUGUUUGUACACAGCAUAACCUAUCUUAUUCUGACAAAUACGCUGAAUCUGUGCUUUCCAGUAUGAUAGUCACCAGCCACAUGUGGCUCUUGGGUCCUUGAAGUAUGGCAUCUUAGUUAAUUUUCUGUUGCUAGAACAGAAUACCUGAGACUAGGUAAUUUAUAGAGAAAAGAAGCUUAUAUCUCGCAGUUCUAGAGGCUGGAAAGUCUAAGAGCACGGUGUUGGCAUCUGAUGAGGGCCUUCUUGCUGUGUUAUCCCAUGGUAGGAAGUGAGAGUGCAAGUGAGUUUAUGUGAAAAAAGAAAGUAUGAGGGCUCAGGCUCACUUUAUAACCACCCACUCUUUCAAUAACUAAUACACUCAUGUGAUAACAGCAUUAUUCCAUUCAUGAGGGUGAAGCCCCAUGACCUAAUCACCUCUUAAAGGUCUCACCUCUUAAUACUGUCACAAUGACAAUUACAUUUCAAUAUGAGUUUCAGAGGGGACAAACAUUCAAGCAUAGUAUUUGGCUAGUCCAAAUGGAGAUGUGCUAUAAGUGUAGAGCACACACUGGGUUUUGAAGAUUUAGUAUGACAAAAAGUAUGUAAAAUAGCUCAUUAGUAAUUUUUGAAUAUCGGUUACAUUGAAAUAAUAUUUUGGAUAUGCUGGGUUAAAUAAAAUAUAGCAUUAAAAUUAAUUUCAUCUGUUUCUUUUUAGUUUUAAAAAAAUUAUACACGGCUUGCAUUAUCUUUCUGUCGGAUAAUGCUACACUGAACUACAAGCUCACUGAAGACAGGAGCUCUAUCUGUUUCAGGCUUGUUUACUCAUAAUAUCUAACAGUGUCUGGGAUAUUCGAUAUGUUAAAUGAAUGUAAGUUUCAUGAGUAAACUAUAUCACCAUUAUAUUUAGUUUAACAUUUAAAAAAUAAUGCAGUUUUCAACAUGAAGCUUAUUUGUAUUUUUGUUUAAUAAUCCCUUUUUCUUUAGUUCCUUUAGCCAAAGAACUCCUCAAAUCUUUUUAAACCAUCAGAUAAUUGGAUGUUAUAUUUUAUGUUAUGUUUAUAUUAUAUUCAUGUUUUAAAAAUGUUAUACACUGCAAAAAUGCUGGGGUUAUGCCCAUUAAAUACUUGCCCCGGUCAAAUUUUUUAAAUAAGCUCACUCCUUAUGGCUAGCAUUUUCUUAUCUUUGUAAAAAUAAUGAAGAAACCCCUGUUUGUUCAGUCAUAAUCAUGGCCUUUAUUUAUUUUCCAAUAUCUACCGCUUAGGCACUUUAUUAAAUGGUCUUGCCCUUUGCAUGAGGCCUUGUGCUACAAAUCAGAGGAAAUGGAGAAGGAGAAAUGGAAUGACCAUGAGGUCCUUUUGGAACAUCAGGUGUGGGGACCCCACAUGUGAAGAAGCAGUGCCUGCUGUUUUCAGAUGAGUCAGACAGAAGUAAAAUAGGUGGUGAAAGGAGCCUUUGAAAGGAGCAACACAUCUUCAAAAAAAAUAAAGGGUGGGGGAAACUCAAAGUACCAAAUAGGCUGGAAAAACAUGGUAAGCACUUAAUAUAUUAUAACUACUGGCAUGAAUGAGUAUGAACCCACAGAGAGUUAUGGAAGGAUACAUACUAGGAUAUUCUGUUGCCUGAGGAGGGGAGGGGGUGGUGGCACAGGGAAGGGGGAGAUAGAUACCCCCAUCAAAAGGCUAUAGAAUUAACAAGGACUUGGCCACAAACCAACUGUUAUAUACUAUUCUGUGUGCAAAAAAUCACAUUUUAUGUGUAUGUGUAUAGAAAGCUAUUACAACAGAGUGGUUACCAAACAGUAGUGAUUCUCUCUCUGAGUGGUGGCUGAAUCUCAGAUGAUUUUUAUUUUCUUUGUUAUAAUUUUUGAAUUUUUAUCCAAGUGAGCAUUUACCAUUUGUAUACUUAGUAAAUAAUCUGAUCUGGGAUUUUUGCAUGUAUGCGUAACGUCAGGACAAAGUUUAAGAACCCAACCCAAAGUUGUCUAUAUUGUUUAUAUUCUACUCAAUACAAAUUAUUUUAUAUAAAACCAUCAAAUUAUUAUAGGUAAAAAGUAAUCAGAAACAUACUGCAAAUACAUUCAUUUAAGUUAUUAGGGACUGUUUUAAAUGUACAUAUUUGUAGGAUUGGUCUCCUCCUCCCUGAGUUAGACUCCAUUUGAUUUUCUAACUGACAAAGGGAAAUAGUGGUUCAGAUCACAGAAACAUCUUAUCUAAAAGUGAACAUUUCUUCAGAAAGAAAAAAUGCUUUUGUAAGAUUAUAGAGGAUUUGGGAAUUAUGCCAUGAGGGCACAUGCUGAGUAAUAUGUUUUUGAGGCAGGCUGCCAAGUUUUGUCAAAGAAAGGCAAGUACUGGGUUUGUUUUGCAAUGUCUGGAAAACUUGGAACUCUAAUUUCUUGGAAAAAUCUUUCCAAGAUAAACUCAGUGUGAAGGAAUUCUACCUCAAAAAAUUACAUGUAGCAAGAGGCAAGGAAAAACAAGGUGUAAUAAGAUGUGAGAUGAGAAAAGGAGGGUUCUCCCCUCCCUCCCUCCCUCCCUCCAAGAGAUUGUGACCUUGUUGAAUUCAAUUACAUGUCUGACAGGCUCAGAGGAAACAUCCUCGUAAGGUUAAUUUUCCUGAAACUCCUGAGCAAGGGCAAAGUAAAUAAAUUAUCCUUCAUUAUCAGUUCUCUUUUAUCAAUCUUUAAAAAUGUACAAAAGAUAAGGCAUAAGCAUCUAAAAACAUUCUGAAUUGCUUGGGUAUCUUGAGCAAGUCAUUUAAAUUUCCUGGAUCUCAUUUUUCUAAUCUGGAGGGUUUGGAUGGUAAAACUGCUAUGGUCUCUCCUAGGUUUUAUUUAUUUUUUAAAUAAAAUAGAAACUAUAUAUUAUUUUUGACAUAUUGAUAUACUCUUUGUAUAUAUCAGCAAAAAGUUUUUUUUUUUAAUCAAGGACUUUUAUUGCUCUUAAUAUAAAAAUCCAAACUUUCCCCCAUAGCCUACAAGGACCACCUGACCUCGUGCCUGCCCACCUUCUGAUCUCAAUUCUGGUCACGCUCCCCUGUGUUCAUGCACUCUGGCCACAUGGAUCUUGCUUGUGUUCCUGGAACACGUGAAGCUCAUAUGCUAUGAACAGCAUUGUGGUGACUUUAUAGCAUGACCUAGAACUAUGAUCUUUCCCAAAGUCCCUUCAAGUUCUCUGAAUACCUUGAAGCCUUUGCAUGGUUGUCACAAGGGUUGUGGUGAUUGAAAGGAAGAAUCCAACUGAUCCGGGUUCAUGUCUGUAUCAAUGAGAUAGAUGGCUGUACAGAGCAGGAGACAGAGCAAUAUUCUCCUCUUUGCAGGGGUAAGCUUCCCUUGCCCCCAAGUCUUCAAGAAACACCAUCUGGGUCUUUGCCAGGUGGGUCCCAGCUGCUCUGGGAAGUUCCCAAACACAUCAGUGCUUGCCGGUGUAAGCUGUGAAGUUAUAGAAGAAAACAAGUGGAUUUUGCUUGGGGACUGCUACCACCAUCUCUGUCAGCUUGAGAGCUGGUGGGAGCCAAUCCAGCAGAUUUUUGAAUUGAAGGAUCCUUCAAACCAAAAAUGUGGUGGAAGAAAGAAAACCGUGUCUUUCAGCAGCAUGCCAUCAGAAAAGAAAAUUAGCAGUGCAAACGACUGCAUCAGCUUCAUGCAAGCGGGCUGUGAGCUGAAGAAAGUCCGGCCAAAUUCUCGCAUUUACAACCGUUUUUUCACUCUGGACACAGACCUCCAGGCUCUUCGCUGGGAACCUUCCAAGAAGGACCUUGAGAAAGCUAAACUCGAUAUUUCUGCCAUAAAAGAGAUCAGACUGGGGAAAAACACAGAAACAUUUAGAAACAAUGGCCUUGCUGACCAGAUUUGUGAGGACUGUGCCUUUUCUGUACUCCAUGGGGAAAACUACGAGUCCCUGGACCUAGUUGCCAAUUCAGCAGACGUAGCAAAUAUCUGGGUGUCUGGGUUACGCUACCUGGUUUCUCGAAGUAAGCAGCCCCUUGAUUUUAUGGAGGGCAACCAGAAUACACCAAGGUUCAUGUGGUUGAAAACAGUGUUUGAAGCAGCAGAUAUUGAUGGGAAUGGGAUUAUGUUGGAAGAUACCUCUGUAGAGUUAAUAAAACAACUCAAUCCUACCCUGAAGGAAUCCAAGAUCAGGUUAAAGUUUAAAGAAAUCCAGAAGAGCAAAGAAAAACUAACCACCCGAGUGACAGAAGAGGAAUUUUGCGAAGCAUUUUGUGAACUUUGCACCAGGCCAGAAGUGUAUUUCUUACUUGUACAGAUAUCUAAAAACAAAGAAUAUUUGGAUGCCAAUGAUCUCAUGCUCUUUUUAGAAGCUGAGCAAGGAGUCACCCAUAUCACCGAGGAUAUGUGCUUAAACAUCAUUAGGAGAUACGAACUUUCUGAAGAGGGACGUCAAAAAGGGUUUCUUGCAAUUGAUGGCUUUACUCAGUAUUUAUUGUCACCAGAAUGUGACAUUUUUGAUCCUGAGCAAAAGAAGGUUGCUCAAGAUAUGACCCAGCCAUUAUCUCACUACUACAUCAAUGCCUCUCAUAAUACCUAUCUGGUAGAAGACCAGUUCAGGGGACCAGCUGACAUCAAUGGGUAUGUUAGAGCCUUAAAAAUGGGCUGUCGAAGCAUUGAACUUGAUGUAAGCGAUGGUUCGGAUAACGAACCCAUCCUUUGUAAUAGAAAUAACAUGACAACACAUGUUUCCUUUCGAAGUGUCAUAGAAGUGAUAAAUAAAUUUGCCUUUGUGGCUUCUGAAUACCCACUCAUUCUUUGCUUGGGGAAUCACUGCUCCCUCCCUCAGCAGAAGGUAAUGGUUCAGCAGAUGAAAAAGGUCUUUGGCAAUAAACUGUAUACUGAAGCACCUUUGCCCUCAGAAUCCUACCUCCCAUCACCAGAAAAAUUAAAAAGGAUGAUCAUUGUGAAAGGAAAGAAAUUGCCCUCUGAUGCAGAUGUGUUAGAAGGAGAAGUAACAGAUGAAGAUGAAGAAGCUGAAAUGUCUCGGAGGAUGUCUGUAGAUUACAAUGGUGAGCAGAAACAGAUCUGGCUCUGUAGGGAGCUCUCUGAUCUGGUAUCUAUUUGUAAGUCUGUUCAGUACAGGGAUUUUGAACUGUCUAUGAAAAGCCAAAACUAUUGGGAAAUUUGUUCCUUUAGUGAAACAGAGGCCAGCCGAAUUGCAAAUGAAUACCCAGAGGAUUUUGUGAAUUAUAAUAAGAAGUUCUUAUCAAGAAUCUAUCCAAGUGCCGUGAGGAUCGAUUCCAGUAACUUGAAUCCACAGGACUUUUGGAAUUGUGGCUGUCAGAUCGUGGCGAUGAAUUUUCAGACUCCGGGUCCAAUGAUGGACCUUCAUACGGGCUGGUUUCUUCAAAAUGGAGGAUGUGGUUAUGUUCUAAGACCGUCUAUCAUGCGAGAUGAGGUUUCUUACUUCAGUGCAAAUACGAAGGGCAUCGUACCUGGGGUGUCUCCUCUAGUUCUUCAUAUCAAGAUCAUCAGUGGUCAGAAUUUCCCAAAGCCCAAGGGAGCUUGUGCCAAAGGGGAUGUCAUCGAUCCUUAUGUUUGUAUAGAGAUACAUGGAAUUCCAGCGGACUGUUCGGAACAAAGAACUAAAACUGUACAACAAAACAGUGAUAAUCCCAUUUUUGAUGAAACUUUUGAGUUUCAAGUAAACCUACCUGAGCUGGCCAUGAUCCGUUUUGUUGUUCUGGAUGAUGACUACAUCGGGGAUGAGUUUAUAGGGCAGUACACGAUACCCUUUGAAUGUUUGCAGCCUGGGUAUCGGCAUGUUCCCCUGCGCUCUUUUGUGGGUGAUGUCAUGGAGCAUGUAACCCUUUUUGUCCACAUAGCAAUAACUAAUCGAAGUGGAGGAGGAAAGGCACAGAAACGCAGCCUUUCAGUGAGGAUGGGGAAGAAAGUUCGGGAAUAUAACAUGCUCAGGAAUAUUGGUCUUAAAACCAUAGAUGACAUCUUUAAAAUAGCAGUUCAUCCUUUACGAGAAGCCAUAGACAUGAGAGAAAAUAUGCAGAAUGCGAUAGUGUCUGUUAAGGAGCUGUGUGGACUCCCUCCAAUUGCCAGUCUGAAGCAGUGCCUAUUGACCCUGUCCUCUCGGCUCAUCACCAGUGACAAUGCUCCCUCAGUCUCUCUCGUGAUGAAAGACAGCUUUCCUUACCUGGAGCCUCUCGGUGCAGUUCCAGAUGUGCAGAAAAAGAUGUUGGCUGCUUAUGAUCUGAUGAUUCAAGAGAGCCGGUUUCUCAUAGAAAUGGCAGACACAGUCCAGGAAAAAAUUGCACAGUGUCAGAAAGCAGGGAUGGAGUUCCAUGAAGAGCUUCAUAAUUUGGGGGCGAAAGAAGGGUUGAAAGGAAGAAAACUCAACAAGGCGACUGAGAGCUUUGCUUGGAACAUUACAGUAUUGAAGGGCCAAGGGGAUCUGUUGAAGAAUGCCAAGCAUGAAGCUCUAGAAAACAUGAAGCAGAUCCAGCUGGCGUGCUUGUCUUGUGGACUGAGCAAAGCCCCCAGCAGCAGUGCCGAGGCCAAGAGCAAGCGCAGCCUGGAAGCCAUAGAGGAGAAGGAGAGUGGCGAGGAGAACGGGAAGCUGUGACCCCACGCAGCGUUGCCACGUGCUCACAUCCUUCUUGUCAAGGACUCUGGUUCCUUGUUCUUGUCUCCUUUAAGUUUUUUAGAAGUUCACAAAAAGAUGCCCUGUAUGGGGUGUUGGACUUAAACAUAUAUUUUCACAAUGUCAGUAUUUUAGUGUAGUUAAUUUAUCUAAGUUAAAGCCUUUAAUAGCAGUGUUUUAAAUUCUGACACGUGUCAACACCUAUGUGUGGAUGUGUAUAGAAGUGCGUGUGUGUGUGUGUGCGCGUGCACCAGCAAGUGAGAGAAAUUCUGUUAAAACCUAUUCUGUGUUGCAUUAUUCAUUGAGUAAGUUAUUCCUUUAUCUUUACCAUUUUGGGACAAAUGUGUUAAUCUGAAAAUCUAAAAGCACUUACUGUAACCUGUUGCUGUGUUUAAUUUUACUCCUCUGGCUCUGUCAUUUAAUUUAGAGAUCUUAGAAUAGCUUAUUAUUGAAGGAAGCCAAAUUUAUCAAAGCAUAGAUGUUUUGAUAGGUUGAAUAUAGAUUAGAAAAAUUCCUAAGAAUCACAGUAGAAAUAAAAGUGAAUAAAACAUUAAAGAGAUGAUCAGAAUUUCUGGAAAGAUCAGAAAAGUCAUUUCUUCAGUUAGCGAACUCUUUAAAAUAUUUAUUAAAUAAAAUCAUUUUUUAGGAUGUUUUCUGUAGUCAUUUACUAAACAUUCGAUUUUAGUGGAAAGCUGAUCGUUAGAGAAUUUAUGUCUCCCUAUGUGGUACCCUGAAACACACAGAAAGCUCUGUUGUAAUUCAAAUUUUGAUGUGACUAUAAUAUUGUUAUGGAAUUUCAAGAUUUGUAGGAAGGUCUCAUUUUUCCAAACUAGGAGUCUAGCAUUCAUUUUCUAUGACAGACAUGGGUAGCUAAGAAGUUGGCUUUGAUUGGGGUGCUACAUUUAAAUUUAAAGAUAUUGUUCAAACAAUAUCAUAUCAUCACAUUGAGCUAAUAUAAAUUCUGUGGGUCAGAUAACAUCUUUGUGAUGAUUUAAGAACUAACUGAUUACAAAAGAUCUAUGAUAUAAUUUUAACACAUUUGGAAAAACAUACACACAAAAAGAAGCAAAUGACUAAUUAGGGUACAUUUGUAAUUGCAUCUAGAUCAUUUUUACCCCGAUGUCUUCAUAAAGUACUUGAGUGUAUUGUUUGUUACCUCCAACAGAACUGAAUGUUCUAUGGUUAUGAAAGAAUAUAUUUAUUUAAAACUGCUUUUAUUUUGAAAAGCUUCUUAAUUAAUUUGAUUAACAAAUAUGCUAAUUUUGGGAAUCUAGAGAAGAUAAUUGUUGAAAUUUUGCAAAUAUAAACAUCUUCUAUAGCUUCUGUGUUAAGUUAUUUCUGACUUCUUAACACUAUUAUGUUCAUGUUGCACAUUACUGAAAGAGUAAAGAUAUGAAAAA